UUUGCUGACGUUGCAAUGAGUACAUUACACGGUUGAAUCGACUUAAAAACCCCAGAAAACUCGUUAGAAUCGACUUCGAAAUGGAAGAACUGAGAUGCGGUUUUAUAAUGUUGUGGUUUAUUUCCAACAUAGACGGUGGGUUAGCUGGCUCCAUCUUUAAGAAUUCAACAGAAUUAAGCGAUGUAAUUCCUCCAGUAGCAGCAGCAUAUCCUUUUCGGGCAGACCUAAUUACAGUUAAAGAAUGCACUCUUUAUGUGGAAUAUUUAGUGGAGGGAUUCAUAUGUGCAGAUAUGCAAGUUCUUGGUUAUUUGUGCAACGGAAAUGAUAAAAAUCCUCGCAAGGCUCUGAAGCUCAACACAUACCUGGAUGUAUCGUGUAUGUACCGUUCGCACGCGCUGGUAGCUAAUACUACCAAGCAUGUGGGGCAAAUCAGCCCGCAUCGCGCCGUCCUGCUGAGUCUGUUUGAGUUGGAGGCAGAGCAGGAUCCGGUUACCGCCGAUGUAGUCGAACCCAUCCGUGACCAAACCGUACACCUCGCUGUUAAGGAUUGUCGAUCGACGAAUACAACCGCCAAAGUGCAUGCACUGGGUGUAUUACCGAAUCUGUACAGUUUUGCGCUCGGAUAUUGUUUCAACUUGACAAUCCAGAAAAAGCAUUUCGGCAGAAUGCCGCAACUACGAAUGGUCGCGUUUUGCUUAACCACAAUCAGCUCCCUGGAGCCGGGUACCUUCACGGAUUUGAUCCAUCUUCGUAGCCUGACACUGGAGCGAUAUUUCAUCAGGGCGCUAUGGAAUAAAUAUGAUCCUCAGCCCGCCUACAGUAGAUUUACAACCGAUGACUACCUCCAUUAUUUGUACGAUGUGCAUUGCGACUGCUCGUAUGCCUGGCUGCGCAGCUUCUUGAAGCAGAAACCGUACUUGACAGAAGAAAAGGAUCCCGGUGAAAUGUUCAUAAUCGGAAACUACUUAUCACCAGCUAUUGCAAGAAAAGGGAAUAAGACGGAUGUCUUCAGCGUUGACUGUUCCAGAAAUGUGACCUUGAACAACAUUUGGGCAGGCAGUGAAUUUUCCUACAAUACAACUUGCUCUACCGAGAGCUGGUCAUUUGUUACCUAAUUUUGCACUUCCCAGAUUUCAAUUUUUGGCGUAUAAAUCCUGCAUGUCGCAUAUUAGUGAUGGCUCACAUACUAUCCCACAUAACAGUGCAUAGC